UGAAGUUGUCUGUUGACGAAGCGGUCAAGGCAAAGGUCAUCGGCUCAGAGCUUCACCAAGUACUACUGUCCGCAGAGCGAGCGGUGACGGGGUACAAGGACCCCUACACGGGGAACACCAUCUCCUUGUUCCAGGCCAUGAAGAAGGACCUGAUUGUCUAUCACCAUGGGAUCCGUCUGCUGGAGGCACAGAUCGCCACUGGCGGCAUCAUUGACCCAGUCCACAGCCACCGACUGCCCGUGCAUGUGGCGUACGAUCGAGGCAUGUUUGACGCAGAGAUGAAUCAGGUCCUGGAAGACCCUGGGGAUGACACCAAAGGUUUCUUCGAUCCCAACACCAAGGAGAACCUGACCUACUUGGAGCUGAAGAAGAGAUGUGUGACCGACUCCGACACCGGACUCUGUCUGUUAUCUCUGGGAAGCCAGAAACACCUGAACGAUCAGAGCAGUGCUGCCUUCAAAAAAGCCACCGUCAGUCUCUCUUGUGGCAAGUACAAAGGGAAAACGGUCAGUGUCUGGGAGGCAUAUCACUCAGAGUACCUGACUGAAGAAGACAGAAUGGAUCUGGUGGAACAGUUUAACACAGGAAAAUUGAGCAUUGAAUCAGUCAUUACAAGGCUCAUCUGUAUUAUUGAGCAAACGGAAACGACCGAGGUAAAAGAAACCUUCACAGGUCUCAGAUCGGACGUCACUGCCAAACGACUCUUAGAAUCCGACAUCAUCGACAAGCAAAUGUACGAAGACCUGAAAUGUGGCACAAAGACGGUGAUCGAGAUCAGCCAGAUGGACCUCGUGAAGAAAUACCUGGAAGGAACGGGCAGCAUAGCUGGAGUAUUGCUUGAAUCCUCCAACCAAACCAUGAGCAUUUAUGAAGCCAAGAGGCAACACUGGCUCAUGCCAGGAACAGCUUUGGUCCUGUUGGAAGCUCAAGCAGCGACCGGCUUUGUCAUUGACCCGGUCAAGAACCUGAACCACUCCGUGGAUGAAGCGGUCAAAGCCAGGAUCAUUGGCCCAGAGUUGCACGCGAAACUACUGUCCGCGGAGCGAGCGGUGACCGGGUACAAAGACCCCUACACGGGGAACACCAUCUCCUUGUUCCAGGCCCUGAAGAAGGACCUGAUUGUGAAGCAACAUGGGAUUCGCCUGCUGGAGGCACAGAUCGCCACUGGGGGCAUCAUUGACCCGGUGAACAGCCACCGUCUCCCUGUGCACGUGGCCUACAAACAAGGCUUGUUUGACGAGGAGAUGAACCGGAUCCUGGAAGAUCCUGGGGAUGACACCAAAGGCUUCUUCGAUCCCAACACCAAGGAGAAUCUGACCUACUUGGAGCUGAAGAAGAGAUGUUUGAAACAACCGUCAACAGAUCUCUGGUUGUUGGUACUGAAAAAGUGAAUGGAAAAGUGCUGUGUUUGAAGAAGUGCUUUGUUUCAAUUUUCAAUAUUUUUGAUCGCUAUUUUCCGUAAGAAGUUUUUGGAACAGAUAUGGGACACUUACAUUGUCUUAGGAAAUGAAUUGUACUCUGUAGCAUUAAGAAGUUAAUUGAAAACAUUUGCUUCGUGCUGGUGUCUUUGCUUUGUAAGCAGUAAGUUGUAUAAGAUUAUUCUCACUGUAAUUUUCCGGUCUUUGAAGUAUGGAAUUAUUUUUAUGUCUCGGUGAAAAUGACUGAAAUUUGGUCAUCAUCUGUUGGACAUGGUGGGUAACUGGGGGUUUGUUUCUGAUUACGAUUCGCAUACAGCAUUAUCAUGCCUUCUCUCGUGUGAAAUUACGAUAUUGUGCCUCAGUGAUUAUGAAAUAAAUGACUUUCAUUACGUCCCAACCUAAACUGGAGUUUAAAAGUUUGACAAUCCUUGCCCCUGAGUGGAUAGAACAGAUAAGUCACAAGUCAAGUACAAAUGUUGUAAAGCACACGGCAAAAAGUGAGUCAACGUUUGGGUACACGAACCUUCAUCAGAAUUCGUUGACUCACUUUCCUUUCUCCAUAGAUGCUGCCUGACCUGCUGAGUGUUCCCAGCGACUUCUGUUUGUGUUUUCAGAUUUCCAGCAUCUGAAGUAUUUUGCGUUUUGUCUAUAGAUUUGAAACGAAGGUCUGCCACUGUUAAGCACUCCGAGAUGCUAUCCUGCUUACUCCCCCAAUCCACUACCCGCUGCCUGCACUCGACUAGCUCCAGCCUCCUGCUUGUAACCUCGUUCACUUUGCUUUCAGCCCCUACACCCCGAAACUCUCAAAGUUGUAUUAUUCUAUUGUGUUUUCUUAUCAUGUUUAUAUUCUGUCAAUUCAAUGCAAUCAUUGCAAUAAAUAAACGUUCGUUGGUU